ACACAAAAUAAAUUAUCAAUUUUAACAAGACCCUAAAUUAAACGACAUCUAAGUGUUGUGCUAACAAACACGAAGACUCACGGUGCCAUCUGCAGAGUUAUCGUAUCGCCUUUCAAAUGUUCCGAGCUCCAGCUCCCCUCUGUGUGACCUUAAGUCAACAAGACGCCGCCAGCGAACCGCGACGUGCUCCACUUGCUCCGCCUGCUGAGUAGCUGUUCCAAGAAGAUGCCCGUUCAAGCCAAGAUCGGUCCCAGCAUUCUCAACGCGGAUCUCUCCAACCUAGCGGCGGAGUCCCAAAAGCUACUGGAUAAUGGAGCAGACUACCUGCAUCUGGACGUGAUGGACGGCACUUUCGUGCCGAAUCUUACCUUUGGUCACCCCAUGGUCAAGAGCUUGCGCAACAAGAUCAAGACGGCUUUUUUCGAGACGCACAUGAUGGUCCAGAAACCGGAGCAGUGGAUAGAGCCCAUGGCCGAUGCUGGUGUCAAUCUCUACACCUUUCACGUCGAGCCGGUGCAGGAUGUGGUCAGGGUCUGUCGCCAAGUGCAGGAGUCCGGUAUGAAGGUGGGCCUUGCCAUUAAGCCGGGCACUGAGGUACAAGAGCUGGAGAAGUACGUGAGCAUUGCCGACGUUGUGCUGGUGAUGACCGUUGAGCCUGGUUUUGGCGGACAAUCCUUCAUGGACGAUAUGAUGCCCAAGGUAAAGUGGCUGCGCGAUAACUACCCUAGCCUGGACAUCGAGGUAGACGGAGGUGUGGGACCCAAGACCAUACACUGCUGUGCCGAGGCCGGAGCCAACAUGAUCGUCUCGGGAACCGCCGUGGUGGGUGCCUCCGAUCAGGCGCAGGUGAUCAAGGAGAUGCGCGAUGUGGUGCACACCUACCUCAAAUAGAGGUGCAUUUACCAGCUUAACGAUCGAUAGCUUAACGAAGAAUUUAUUAGAUAGGCGAAAAGUUUUGAGAAAAUAAUUGAUUGCAGUUCCUUCAGAAUACUUCUAAUAAAACAAAUUUACAACCGUA